GAGGGUGGCGGCGGCGGCUACGGCCUCUUCUGCGGUGGCUCCUCCGUGGGUACCCUUCUCGCCGGGCGCUGCUGCCGUUCUCUUUCAGCCGUCCCUCGGGCUUCGGCGGAAUAUUUUUGCUAUUAUGGACCAGUAUGGAGAUAUGUCAGAGGGUGAAGUAGACCAUUCUUUCUUUGAUAGCGAUUUUGAUGGAGAGGAAAAGAAAUGUGGAAGCAGUAUUUCACCAGUUGACAAGCAGUAUGACAAACAUGGAAAAAGAGAAGCAGAUGUGGAAAAUUUAGAUUUUAAAUUGGGUGUACUUACAAAGGAAGAUCAUCUUAUUGAGAAGAGAAAUGAAAGGAAAGAGAAUACAUCAUCAGAACAUCACUCCUUAGAAAACUGUACUGGAAAAUCUUCAUCCUCAGCAUGUUCGGGAUCAAAGAAUAUAUAUAAUACUUCAACAACUGGAAAAAUACAUUUGGCCAUUCCAUCUAGAAUCCCCAAAAUAGUAAGAGAAGGAGAAGAUGAUUACUAUACAGAUGGAGAAGAGAGCAGUGAUGAUGGGAAAAGACGUCGUAUCAGACCCAAGUCAGCUAAACCAUCUAAUAGUUUUAAAAAGUGCACAAGUAAAAAAUAUAACAAAAUCAGUUCUUCUUCCUCCUCUUCUUCCUCUUCAUCUUCCUCUUCUUCCUCCACCUCGUCAUCUUCCUCAUCUUCUACAAGUACAGAUACAGAUUGUUCAGCUACAGAAUCUGAUAUCUGCCUCUCUGAUUCACCUCAAUCGUCUUCAAAGAAAAGUGCAUCUGAUUUAGCUCUGCUGUCACCAAAACAAAAAUGCAAAUCAGAAAAGUCAACAGAAGCACCAUCCAUAAAUUCUAAGCCAAAACUUGGUGAAUUCACCGAGGAAUCUGAAGAUACUGUGACUGAUGUGACUCCUUUAUCAACUCCAGACAUCAGUCCUAUUCAGUCAUUUGAACUGACUGCAUCAAAUGAUCAGAAAACAAAAGUAAAAAGGCAAGAAAAUGUGAGACAAGAAACAUUUGGAAAUUUCGAAGACUCAAAGUAUAAUUCAAAAUAUCUGAAAUCAGCCAGAGUAGGGAAAGAAAAAAAUGGACCCAAUCUCACCUCUAAAUCAUCUUCGGUAGAAUCCAACUUGGACAACAGAUAUAAACAAAAAGUCUUACAUGACACACUGGACCUGAAUCAGCUUUUGAAAGCUUUCUUGCAGUUAGACAAAAAAGAACAGCAAAAAUUUGCUAUUGAUCGACCUUCUCCAGCACCUAAGAAAAACUACUCUUUUACAAAGGAGGAGGUAAGACAGAUUGAUCGGGAAAAUCAAAGGUUGCUAAAAGAACUAUCCAAACAGGCUGAAAAACCAAGAGUUAAGAGUACCAUUCCUAGGAAACCUGUUGUUCCACCACCGAAGUUGUACCACAGUGCUCUCAACAGACAGAAGGAACAGCAAAGGAUUGAGAGAGAGAACUUGGCUUUAUUGAAAAGACUUGAGGCCGUGAAGCCAACAGUUGGUAUGAAACGCACAGAACAACUGAUGGACUAUCAUCGCCAUAUGGGCUACCUAAAUGCAUCCCCAGUCUCCAGACGAGUGAAAUCUACUUUUAGUCAAAUUAGUCCACUAAGAGGAGCCUCCAGGUCAUCUAGUGCUACAAGUGCACUUAGCCGGAAGAGUGAGAGAUCACUUUCUGAUGCAUCCAGUGGCCCUCUGCUGAGACCUAAACCCCCUAAUGUUCGUACUGCUUGGUUGUAAAAGAAAACCAGACAUUUUAUUUUGAACAUUGUUAUUCAGAUUUCUAUUGAAGUGCUCUUGUAGAUUACUGUAAUUCUGUGUGCAAAAGUCUGUAAUCCUAUUUUAAGUGAUUAAAAUAUACAGCAUUGUGUUUUAAUUUAUUGUAACUUGAUGCAAUAUUUACUUUCCAAAGGACAGUUUCAUGUCAAAUCAGUGUUUCCUGUGUGGAUGUAUUUAUCUGAGAUGUGUAUAUAUGCAUACACACACACACACACACACACAUUUAAUACAGGAAUAGUAGUGUACAUGUAAAUUUUCUUAUCAUAUUAACAAAACUCAUUGUCAUGCUGGAAGAAUGGUGAUAUUGCUAUAUUUUGGACCCAGGAUUUUUAGCUAUUUAGUUCUCAUUUUUUCCAGUAAACUUUAAACCAUGAGCUUAGCUCCUAAAUUUACUUAUUCCAUUUUUCUGUCUGCUUCAAGAUGUUAAUAUGAGUGUGAUUUAUGGCUUGAAUUUAUAAUUGCAGCAUUUUCUAGGUGAUGGUUUUCAUUAAGAAACAUAUACUGAAAUUUUCUUUCUUUUUUUUUUUUCUCAGAUGGAGCUGUUAAGUUGGUCUGAGAAUUAUGGGUAGAAUGAUAGACACUUACAGUGGGACCAUCCUAUUAGUCAACUUGAUUCUUUUUAGGUACCCUGAGUUAGAUCUUAAAACUUUGAUCUAUUCCUCUUCCCUCUGAACUGUGAACAAACAUCAGAGAGUACAGAGUAUAAACUCUUCUUCCACCUUUUUGCACCUUUUCCAGUUGAGUAGUGAUAUUGCUAAUGAGGGAAUGAGGGAGAGUUUGGAAUUCGAUUCUUCUGCUUUUGUGGCACUCUUUAAAGGCCAAAUUGGCAUCCACAUUAGUCUUAUAUAACAAGCAGCAAAGCAGGUAUUUUUUUUUGAUUAGCAAUAAAAUGGCAUUGACAUUAUGAAAGGCUAAGGAGCAGAUCCUGAGGCAUCAGACCAAUCUAUUUUAGGAAGCAACAUUAUUAGUAUGUUAUGUUCUUAUUUAUUAUUAAAUGAAUUAAGGAAGAACUUGGUAAAGGACUCUACAUUUUAUAGUAGCCCUUGAUGUUGCUGCUAGUACUUUAUAGGGUAUGAGGAAUAGUGCUAUAUAAAUCCUUGUUCUUAAGUGUUAGUGCUUUUUUUUUUUGUUUUUUUUUGUUUUGGGGCCAUACCCUGGAGUUGUAAUUUUUGUCAAGCUUUUAUUUAAUAGUGCAAAUUGUCUUAACAUUGGUAGUGAAAAAUGGGUUUUAAUAUAGGUAUAGGUAAUAAAAGGUAGAUUGUAAUUAGAAACUUUUUCUGUCCUUAUUUAAAGGCUUUUCUUUAAUAAGAUAAAAUGCAAUGCUGCUGUUAUUGUUAUUAUUCUGUUUCUCUACUUGCCUUCUCAGCCUCUCUGCAGAAUGAUUGGGAGGGUUCUGUGUUAAAUGCCAAAUCUGUUUUUGAGAGAGUUGUGAUCCGUGGCCACAAAAAUAAGGAAGUUGAUUUUUAUUCUCCAGUUUUAGCUCUUGCUGUAUUUUGAAAUGUACUACAUAUGGUCAACAAGACAAGUUAAUUUCUUCAGCACUCUAGGCAGUAAGACAAACUAUGUUAUUUUAAACAUUGAUUCUGAAUUUUCUGACUUGUGUAUCAAUUCAUAUCCUUAGCAUCUAUUAACAGUUUGUUUAAGUUUUGUGGGGAGGGAAGGGGUGGUGGGUGGGUUCAGGGUUUAAACAGUGAUAUGAAGACAAACUGGCUCUGAGAUUAUCCUGUUUCUUUCAUGGGGGAUGUAAUGUUCAUUGGAUGCUGCUAUCAUAAUUAUUUAAUGUGCUGCUCUGGUGAUCAAACUAUUUUGCCAUUUAAUACUUUGCUUAUAAAAUGAGAUGCAGCUGUAUGUAAUACCAAGAUCACAUUUUAAAUUUGCACUUUUAAUGUUUGUAUACCAACUUUCUUUGGGGGGAAAUAAGAUAGGCUGAAUUUUUACAGCAUGUUGGACAUUCAGUAAUAAAAAUUGUCAGUUUUUGUAUGUUGCUUUUGCAAGUUGUAAGGGGAAGGGAAAUUAAUAUAAAGUCUAUUAUGUUCAUAACUA